CUCCUUUCGGGCUUUUUUUCCCCAUUCGUUUGCUUGGAGAGUGACGUUCCUUGCCGCACAACCAAGCCACGCACAGCCACGCACAAAAAACGUUUACACACACAGGCAUGCAGAAAGUCGAGACCGGUCAAUCGGGAACCGAGCCGAGCCAGAAACCGAACGAUUAAUUUAUUUUGAAUUUUUCUUCAUUCACUUCACUCCCACUUUGGCUCACUCCCUCUUUGUUUUUCUUUUCCUUUUUUCACUCCCACUUGUUCACUCCCUCCUGCUCCCCUCCCACACCGCCCCUGCAUCACCGAGUGUCUGCCUCACUGUUGGAUUCUUCUCCUCCGUUCGAGCUCUUCGUCGUCUUACUCAUUCACAUCCCAAACGCGCACAAUCCCCAAGCACCGUGAAGCAGGCGGACAGCACACGCGAAGCCCCCUCUGCCCCCAAUCCACCACAAUCCCCGAUAGGACCCGAGUCAACACAAUCAAACAAAAAAGAAAAAGAAAAAAAAAAAAAAAAACAAGGCAAUUCAAAUAUGACCCAGUCACAGACAACGCCUGUGCUCCUGCAGCCAAGCAGCAGCGACACAACGAGACUCUUGCAGUCACGAGCAACAACCCUCGCGCCGCCCGCAAGCAGCUCGCAUGCGCUGGGCUCGCGUUUUCAUGUGAGCGCGCCCGAAUUUCCCAGCGUGAGUAACGCAUCAUCGACAUCGGCCGCUCUGGCCGAUUCUGAGCAGACAAUCAAAUCGACGGACGCUGUAGCCGACGCAAUUGUCAUUGAAAGCGAGGACAAGGUGCUGCUCCAGCCUGUCGCACAGCGAGUGGCCGGUCGCAUGAGCCUGAACAGCAGCAGUAGCAGCCCGAGCCCAGCACGAGCCGGCGAGUUGCGAAGGACCCGCAGUGACAUUGCCACCGGUCCGGAUCUCAACGCGCUCAUCUCCAAGCACUCGCGCGUGUAUGCUCAAAAGACAGUCUUGUUGCCGGCAGCCCAGAUGCUCGCAGGCGCAGAGCCCAUGUUACAGCACGCCAUUCUCCCCGAACACGCAGCCGUGAUUCUGCACAAUCUCAUGUCGUUCGGGGCACGGACGCUGUCCGAUUUGGAUCCCAUCCUCUACAAGUUUUCGCAAACGCGCUGGACGAGCGAUUUCACGAAUCGGGUCUUUGUCUCGCUUAUCAAGCUUGUUGCCGACGAGGGCAACUUGAGUCAGCUUCAAUCAUUAUCCAAGCUGGUUGACACUCCUCAGGCAUAGGAAGGGCUGUCGUGUGAAUAUCAUGUUGUGUAUAUCUGUUUGUACCUGCUGCGGCUUUGGGCCGGGCGCUCAACGCCGAACAUUGUCUAUCGCUCAUUACAUUACCUCUUUUUCUCG